CCAGCAGACACAGGGGGUCCCCAGGGCUGAGUUUGAGAAGCCCAGAUUUAUAUCUUAAGUCUGGGUUUGACUUCCUGUGAAUUGCAGCUUUAGUUGGAAUUGCUCACAGCCAUCUCCAGCUGGCACAGAUUCUUAUCUCGGCUCUGCUUCCAUUGGAACGAACCCUACACUGCUCACUCUCUCUGCCUCUCCUCAGCAGUACGCAGACCGGUCGCUCAUGAAGAAUGCGGUCAAGACGUCGGAGGAGUCGUGGAUUGAGCAGCAGAUGUUGGAGGACAAGAAGAGAGCCACGGACUGGAAGGCCACCAACAAGGCCAUCGAGGAGCAGGUGACCCGGGAGUCUUACCUGCAGUGGCUGAGGGACCACGAGAAGCAGGCCAGCCAGGGAGCCUUUGCCAGAGAGCAGCUGAUAUCCUCAAACAGCACAGAGUCCCUCAGAGGAAAGGACAGAAACAUCUUUAUUUCAUCAUCAUGA